CUGUCUUAUGCCGCGAGACAGGAACGAUUAGGGCUUUGCCAGAUGCUUCUAGAAUUCGGAGCGGAUCCGAAUCUCCGAGGCUAUCGCGGACUGAGCGCUUUACAUUCUGCCAGUAUCCAAGGAAACUGUCAAAUCGUGCAGCUUCUCAUCAAGCGCGGUGCGAACAUUAAUCCGGCGAACGAUAGGGGCACCAUCCCAUUAUUCCAAGCUCUCUCAAACGGCCACCGCCAGACUGUCCUGACGCUGCUCCGAGCUGGUUCA